GCCGGGAGUAACACAACAGUGCCACGAUCAAUGAACCUCUAGUUUUAAAACAAUUUUGCCUUCCUAGAUGAAGACCUGAUACGCUGAUGUUGUAAUAUUGCAAUGGAAGAGGGUUUUCCACGAAUUAUAAAUGUGAACGUCGGCGGUUACGUGUACACGACAACUAUUGACACCAUCGCUAGAGAUCCGAACUCCAUGCUCGGCGCGAUGUUUAGUGGCAGACAACAAAUAGCCAAGGAUACGCGUGGAAAUUAUUUUAUCGAUCGAGCUGGAGCGAUGUUUCGUCACAUUCUAAACUUCUUGCGAACUUCAGAGCUCUGUCUGCCUCAAUCGUUCGACGAAUUUGACCAGCUUAGCGCGGAAGCUGAUUUUUAUCAAGUACAGGACCUGAUUGAAGCACUCCAAAUAUUCCGGGAAGAUCGCAGAAGAAAUUUACAGCUUAGUGAAGGCCAAGGCACGAUAAUCGUUUCCGUGGACCGAUAUCGAAACCAGCUGUUAUUAAGUGGCCGAGAAGAUCUCGUGAAAGAAGUUUUUAAAGAGUAUAUCAAGACUUCGGAAUUCGUGUUGACGUUGCUCCGCGCCCGGGGGUAUGUCAGGGAUUAUCGCGUCCCAUGGAAACCCGGGGGUGCUGAAUUGACCAAGGCAGACGCCUUUGAUCUUUUAUACGGGCAUGGCUUUGUUCUUGAAGGGUGUAAUGGUGGUGGAAGUGAUGCAGAUGAAGCAGGUACUCAAUUCCAAGAGUACAUUUUUGUGCGAAAGAAUAAACUGUAACAUUAUUUGGUAAGCUUGAAGGCCUUGUUAGGGUCAAAUUCAGACAAGUGGCAAGGACAAAUGACUUGAAUAGGGGUUGAGACUAUGACCGCAACAAGGGCAAUCUCUACAGCGAGAUGGCCCCCUCAAUUCAUCAUGAAUGAAGA